AACCGGAGCAGGAAGAAAGAAUAAAUGCAGUUUAAAGCUUUAAACCAGGAGAGUCUAACUGAUCUUAGUCCAGGUUCCACAUCUAGUCCAGUCUGAUCUCCAGUAAAACCAGUAAAACCACAGCAUAAUAACCUAGAAAUAACCACAACUCCUAAUGGUUCCUUUGUUUUAGUGCAGAAAUGUUCACAUUUCAGGAAUUAUCUUUUUACUAAACAUCAUGAACAACCUGAAAUUUAUGAAGAAAAAUAAAUUCAGUUUCAUCAACAUUCAGCCUCAGUUUAUCAUUUCCACAUUACAACUUCCAGAUCACAGAGUGUCGACAAAGGAACACAACAUUUAGUCACCUGGAACUGAACCAGAGAGGAUUUACUGGAGAAUCACAACCACAAAAUCAGACAAAAAACAACAAAAACAAGACUAAAUAUUACAAAAAUGAGACAAAAUGGCAAAAAAUGAGACAAACAACACGAAAUAAAACAGAAAAGACAAAAAAAUUUGACAAAAAGUUACAAAGUGAAAAAACAAGACAAAAAGGAAACACAAAACUACAAAAAACAGACAAAAAAUGACAAAAGUGAGAAACAAAACAACAAAACAUGAGACAAACGCCAAUAAAAGACAAAAAAAGCAAAAGCAACAAAAACAAGACAAAAUAUUAGAAAAAUGAGACACGAAACGACAAAAGCGAGAAACAAAAUGACAAAAAAUUAGACAAAAAAGUUACAAAGCAACAAGAAAAUGGAGAAACGACAAAAACGAGACCAGAAAGACACAAAAUCACAAUAACGUUACACAAAACAAUUUAUAAAGCCAAAUACAAAAUGACAAAAAAUAAGACAAAAAACACAAGCAAGACAAAAAGGAAACACAAAACGACAAAGGGGAGAAACAGAACAACAAAAACAUGAAACAAAUGACAAAAGUCAGACAAAAAAAACAACAAAAACAAGCAAAAUAUUACAAAAAUGAGGCACAAAAGUGAGACGGACGACACAAAACAAGACAAAAAAGUUACAAAGUAACAAAAAAAUGGACAAACGACAAAAACAAGACAAAAAACAACGAAUAAUAUGAAACGUAAAAUGACAAAAAUAAAACAAAAAACACAAAAAAAUGAGAAACAAAAUGACAAAAACAGACAAAAGUCAGACAAAAAACAUGACAAAAUAUUACAAAAACGAGACACAAAACGACAAAAAAGUUACAAAGCAACGAAAAAUGGACAAACGAGACAAGAAAUAGCGAAUGAAGCGAAACAAAAUGACAAAAAUAAGACAAAAAACAGAAGGGAGACAAAACGGAAACAAAACGACAAAAAUGAGAAACAAAGCGACGAAAACUCGAGACAAAUGAUGAAAGUCAGACAGAAAAAGACAAAAAAACAAAAACAAGACAAAAUAUGACAAGAAUUUUAUCCAUUAAUCAAAAUUUAAGUGUGAAAGAAUCCAGAUCAGCUGAAUGUUGUGUUUUUAUGACUUUAUUCAGUCUUUUAUACCCAUUGAAGUCGUCUUUUCAAGCAUAAAUGUUGAAAUUUCACUGGUUAAGACUCAAAACAUACAGAUUAGUUGAUUAUUUUUUCUGUUUUCUCCAGUUUAGAGCUGCACCAGUUUAUCAGUUAAUCAUUACUAGAUCAUCUAAUCAUGUCUUAGUCAUUCUUUCAGACAGUAAUCUCACAGAAUGAGCUGCUUUUCUGAGUUUUGUAUGAUUUUAAUCAGGAAUUAGGGAAUUACUUCAGGUAAAAAUUCCAAAAUGAAAAGGUUAAAGCAUGAAGUUAAGCUGGUUUUAUCAAUUUUAUUUGAUUUUAAUCAUGUUAGUCAUUUUUGCCAAACAAAUGUUCAGAUUUUGUUAGUAAAAGUGCUAGAAAAUGAGUCUCUUUUCUGUUUUCUACACAUCAGAGCUGCAACAAUCAAUAGUUCAUCAUCUAAAAGUCAUUUUCCAGGUAAAAGUCCCAAACAUUUGCAGCCUCAGCAUCAUAAAUGUGAUAUUUUUCUGUUUUUCUGUGUUAUACGUGACGCUAAACUGGAGAUUUUUGGGCUCUGGACUGUUGUUCAGACUAAAUUUAGACCUGGACUUUGUAUUUUUACUGAUAUGUUCUAUUAAAAAGCAACAAUCUGCAGAUUAACUGACACUUUUCAGGUGUUGUCCUCAUAAAAACUUUCAUUCUGCUGAGACGUGUCCUCGCCUGCUGUUCCUAGAAAACAGCUGGAGGACUGACGGAUGAAUCCUUUGAUUAGCGAGCCUUAAUGAAGAGUAGAGGCCUGAAGUCUGCUGACGUUCACCUCAGCUCACCCCUCAGAUAGUUCCUCCUCACUGAGCUGGAAGCAGAUUUAACGUGUUGACGGUGAGAAAAUCGUCGAAUCGCGGUUCGUAUCUUAAAUUUUAACACAAAUCAUUUUAAUUAAAUCACAUGUUGUCAGAAACAUCCAUUACAGCAACGACUACUAGUAGAAACAAGCUGAGUAACGCAGUGUGAUUUAACUGUUAGAACCUUCAUGUACGAACUAAGAACGUAACCAGUUUCUUGUUUUUUGGCCUGAAAACAACUAAAUUGUAGCUCUAAAUCUGCUCUGGUUGUUUGGUUUGGCUCCUUGUGACUUCUGUCUUUGCCUGAAAGGGAAAUUCUAGGUGAGAGGUUGCUGUUUUUACAGUUUAGGAGAUUCAAACAUGUUUACAGAGAGUGAUUUCCAAGAAAUGCUAAAAAUGUUCCAGAAGCACUUUGAGCCGAGCGUCACAAUGGGACUACUGCUGUGAUAAUGGCAGACAAAUUCUUCUUCUCCAAAGUGAAAUUCUAGUGGAAGUAUUGCUGUUUUGACACAGUUUGGACUUGUUGACAUAACUGGACUUUUAGGGAGCAUUAAAAAUGUUGCAGGAGCUCCGGGAGCAGAGUAUGACUGCACCAGGUGAAUACUUGGAUAAUGAUGGCCAUGAACGACGGCUGUGAAGUUUAAAUCAGGUCCAUUUUGUAUAAUUUUAUAGGCCGAUUCUCAGAACUUUCUAUUAUUAUUCUGAUUAUUCGUCCUGCAGAGUGCAUGGACGUCUGCAUCACCUUUUACAAAAACAGAUCCAGCAGCCGUGGAGAUGUUUCAGUUGGGCUCAUCUUAAUAAUCAAUAAUUAAUUCAAUAAUCAAUGUGUUGUUCCUUGAGGCUUUAGAUGACUCGUUUUUGUGACGGAGCUCAUCAUAGACUACGCUACACUCAGCUCUGUGUUUUCAGCCCACGCUGGGACAAUAAACCGGUCUAGUGACACUCCUCCAGCUUUAGUUAACCAGGUUUCAGGGUUUGGAGGCUGUCAGGAGGCAAACUGAAGCUCCUGUUGUCUGAUUUUUACCUUUUUACACUCCUGAAAUCCUCAAACCCGGCCGUGCACGCUCUGCUUGAGGACCAGAGAAAGGUUAAAAGCAGCAGAAAGUAGGUGAGAGGAUGAUCUGAGCAGAGCGAACACUCCCGUCUUCCCAGCCGAGCCCACAGGUUCAGGCAUGUCGUAAACCAGCGUCUUCAGUAUGCAAAUCAGACAGCACUUAUCCAAGGCCUUUUUGUCUCCUUGAAGGCUGUGAUAGACAGAAAACCAGCAGGAACAGGCCUGACAGCAUUUCACAGCCAGCUGCUGUUGACUUUAGACCUGGAGGACUCUGAUCGCUGGCAGCAGUUUGUAGAAUAAAUCCAGCGAGACGCUGUGUGGAUCUGUAAUUAAUCUUCUGGUUUGGUUGAUGUGAUGAGUCACCGCUGAGCUGAUCGUCACUGGUGCAGAACGACAGAUGUUAAAGUCAUGAAGGGUUUCUAAACAAACACUAAAACAGCAGCCAGGAGACGGAUUUAUCUCCCAUCUCUGAGUCACAAUCCAGACAGUUUGGAGAGAAUCCGAAAUAUUCUACCGCUUUGUUUUCUUCAGAUUUUACUGUUUUUCAUUCUUCUUUAUUAUUGCUGCAGCUUUUUUGACAGUUUUAUCAUUUUUUUGAAGGAAAAAUGUCUGAAAUUCAUUCAGUUCUUUUAAAAAAAAAAAAAAAAAAAAAAAAGUGAAAAUGCCCUAAAAACCUGCCAGAACAUGAGCUGACUUGUUUAAACGUCUGGUUUUACUUGCAGAUAUUCAGUUUAAAGGUCAGAUGAACUUCCCCCCCUCCAACUAUUUCUUGAAAAACGUGUAUUUUUUUUGUCAGUUUUCUCUUUUUAAUUCAAUAAAUAAUUCCAGCUCUGCUUUUAAUGUGCCAAAAACACGGUGAGUAAAACCUCCCAGUGACCACAAUUUGGUUUGACUUAAUAAUUCUGACAGGAGGGACUAGAAAACCUUUCAUUACUUGUUUUAUCUCCAUAAAAUAUCAAAAAUCUAAUGAAAAUGCCUUAAAAACAUGCAAGAAUACAAUCUGACAUGUUUAAACAUUUGGUUUUACGCUCAGACAUUCAGUUUAAAAUCAAAGAAACAGAUUUUUUUCCCGCUUUUUCUUGAAAAUUGUUUAUUUUGUGUCCGUUUUCUCUCAUUUAUUCAAUGAAUAAUUUCAACUCUGCCUUCAAAAGUUCACAGUAAAGCCUCACAAUGGCCGAAAAGGAGCUAGAAAACAUUGCAUGACUUGUUAUAUCUCAAUAAAAUAUCAAAAAACAAGUGAAAAUGUGUUAAAAACUGCCCAGAACAUGAGCUGACAUGUUUUAAUGUCUUGUUUUAUCAUGUGAAAACACAGACAUUCAGUUUAAAAUCAAAGAAACUGCCUCUUUUUUUACUUUUGUUUACUUAUUUUAUGUCUAUAAAUGAUCAAAAACAGUCAAUAUCUCCUUUAAAUCUGCCACUAACCCUGCUGACAUGUUUUAAUGUCUGGUUUUACACAUUAAAACAGAUUUUUUUUUUUUUUAAAUUAAAUUUUUCUAUUUUGCAUCACCUUUAUCCUAUUAGGUUAAUGAAUAAUUCCACUGUUGCUCCCAGUGAUGGCACCUUGGCUUCUGGAAACGGUGACUUCCUGUCUGGGCAGGAAGUAGUCCAGUCUUUCCCAGUAAAACCUCCCAGUGACCACAGCUUGGUUUCACUGAAUAAUUAUGACAGGAGGGACUAGAAAACCUUUCAUUACUUGUUUUAUCUCCAUAAAAUAUUUUUAAAAGGUGAAAGUAGGUUUAAAACCGCCCACGACAUGAGCUGACAUGUUUAAAUGUCGUGUUUUAUCAUCUGAAAAACAAAGAUAUUCAGUUUAAAAUCAAAGAAACUGCCUUUUUUUAAAUCACUUUUGCUUCAAAUUAUUGUCUCUUAAUAAGUUGAGGAAUUCGAUUCUUCCUCUGUAAGGCGAAUAUUUCCCGCUCCUGUGAUCAUGUAUAUUUCAUUUCUGGACUGUUGGCUUCAACAACUCGAGCAGUUUGAAUAUAAAAGAUCCAGAGGAGCUAAAGGCUUCACCACGGUGUCAUUUAUUUUUAAUAUGUGAACAAUCUGAAACCAAACAAACAGUCGGUGACUAAACAUGGAACUGGUAUGUUGAGGUAUUAACCCUCGCAACCACAAAACCCAGCAGAGGAUCACGUUAUGUAAAAUACUGGCAGAAUACCAGGAUCAUGGAGUGAUUCCUGUUUAGCCUGCUUCUUGUUUUUUACACGACUUUGUUCAACUCCAAUUGUUUUCAUAGAUUUUCCCAUUUCUUCAAAAUCACUUGGUUCAACAUUUAAAAAUUCUCUGAUCAGACUCUACUACUGUUCUCUCUGAGGGCUUUUCUAGUUAGUUAUAGCGAUUAAUCUACUAGUUUAAGGCUAUUUUAUGAGCAAAACUAUACAAGAAACCCAACAAACAAAGGAUUGUCUGGAUCCAAUCUGAGCAAACUUCACUUUUAUUCAUAUUUCAUGGGGAUUUUUUUUGUUUUUUCAUAAAGCAGAGAAGACAUUUUUAAAUUCUUUUUCCUUCUGGUCAUAGUUGUUCUGGACUUUAGAUUGCAAAGCCUCCUAAAAACCGACCACAGAACUGCGAUUGGAGCACCAGAGAGUCUUCAUGUGGAUGUUUUCUCAUCUCUACGUCCUGCUUUGUUCUUUCAGUCACGGGAAUAAGGAAGUCUUCUCCUGUCUGGGGAUCCAGCUGGCCGUCAACUUCUUCCUGGACCGGGGCCACUCCGACAUCACCGUGUUCGUCCCGUCGUGGAGGAAGGAGCAGCCGCGACCCGACGUCCCCAUCACAGAUCAGCACAUUCUGCUGGAGCUGGAGAAGAAGAAGAUUCUGGUUUUCACGCCGUCGCGACGCUGUGCAGGAAAACGUGUCGUCUGCAACGACGACUGCUUCAUUGUGAAACACGCCUUCGAGUCGGACGGCAUCAUCGUGUCCAACGACAUGUACCGAGACCUGCAGGGAACCAAGCCGGAAUGGAAGCGCUUCAUCGAGGAGAGGCUGCUCAUGUACUCCUUCGUCAACAACAAGUUCAUGCCUCCUGAUGAUCCUCUGGGCCGAUAUGGACCGACCCUGGAGAACUUUCUGAGGAGGUUUCCAAAGACUCAGAAAAAACAGCAGUGUCCUUAUGGGAAGAAAUGUACGUACGGCAUCAAGUGUAAGUUCCACCAUCCUGAACGAGCCAAACAGUCCAACCGCACGUUGGCCGACGAACUCCGGGAGAACGCCAAGAACCCGUCGGCGGCCCAGAAACCAGGUCCGGCUCGCAGCAGUCCGGUCCCCGGCCAGAGCCUGCUGCAGGUGGAGGACAUGGCCCGCAACCUGAGUCUGGGAUCCGACAGCAGCUCUAUGAAGAAGGACCAGAAGAACAAGCACCAGGCCAAGUCGGGUCACCGCCAAAGCAAGAGGGUGUCGACCCGGAAGGAGAAGGUGAACCCUCAGAGUGACUCGGUCCGACUCGGAGGCUCUCAGGAGCAGCUGGACUCGGGUUUGGGUUCCAUCGACAGCCAGCCGGUGGAGGCCCCGUGGCCGUACAGCGCUCAGCAGAACCUCCGGCAGCAGUUCUGUCCUCCGAGAAGCUCCUCCUGCAGCUGCUGCUCCCAGAACCAUCCCUCUCAUGGUGCCGCACCGGCCUUCCAGCACCACAGCGUCGGACCGCUGGGUUGCCACGGCGCCGACAUGCUGCCAUUCGGCCCGCCGCCCUACGGUUACCAUGGAUACCCGGUCAGCGUCCCCGCCUACAGCCAGCCGGCUGACUUCCAGCACAGCAGAGUCCACCAGCAGCAGCCAUUCUGGUCCGACCCGUUCGCCGCCCAUCCUCCAGUCUGCCUCUCGCACUGGGAUCCUCCUCCUCCGUCAUCGUUGGCAUCGAGAAAACAACCGAGCAGCGAGGAGCGGGAAGUUGUCCGGAAGAAGCUCCUGGCUAUCUUCAGCGCCCAGCUGGUGGAUGCCGCCAUGGACAUGUUCCCUCAGAUGAUGGAUCCGCAGAAGCUGGUGGCCGAGAUCCUCAUGUUGCAGAGUCAGAACCGCUCGCUGAGAUGAGCCGGUCCGAACCUCGUCUUUCCGUGCAAAGACUGGAGCUAAACAUGAGUUUGUGUGUUCGUGUAUCGUGGUAUCCACUUCGCUAUGAACUUCUGUGGCGUCGCCUCAGUGAGAUGUUUGGCACGAGGCAGUUACUGUUGAUGCAAAUUGUAUCUUUAUUUAAAAAUGUCAAAGGAAAACUGGACUUUUAUGUGACUUAAUGGGAUUCUGUUCAGGUCCAGUCAGUAUCCCCUUUAUUAGGUACACCAUCGUAGCUCCAUUUCUCUUCACGCUGAGACGUUUGCAAUUUAUUUCAGUAACAAAUUUCCACCUAAAACUGAACAAUAUGAGCUCCGUGUUGGACUGGACUGAGGUGUACCUAAUAAAAAGGCCUCUUGUACUGCGCAGAUGAGGUGAAUUUUGAAUGUAAAUACGUCUGUUUGUGUCAUAUUGGCACUGAGGACCAUUCAUGCUUUGGUUUGGGCAGCGAUUCACUCAAUAAAAUAAAAUCUUCAUAAAUAA